AUGAGGGGGAGAACAUCCAAGCGCCGGCCCGUGCUCGCUUCCCGGGUCGGCCGGGCCCGGCUCGCAGCAGGUUGCGGUCGGAAAAAACGUACCAAACGCGGAAGGUUGGGCUCGGACGACGGGGAGCUGCUGCCGAAGGGCCGGAGGCCCGUAAACAUCGGCCUGGCGUUGAGCGAGGACCCGUCCCUGUUGCGUCUACUCGGCGUGGCGGAGAAGCACAGGAGGCAGAGAGAUGCGGGCUUCGAGUCCAGUAGCAGUGAGGAGGAGGACGUUUUCACUGGAUUUGGGACCUCAACAGUUCCACAGAAAGCUCCUCAGGCGUCGUUACUCAGCCAAGCAAAGCCUCCUCAAGCUUCAGGCUGUUCUCUGGCAGCAUCACCUCUCAUUGUAAAUAUUAUACCCAAGACUCCAACACCGAGUCUUAUUGGGAGAAUUGUACCACGGGUCUCUAUAGAAGCCCAGGGUGUCACAGAGGGCCCAGCAAAAGACAGCGAAAUACCCAAGGUGGUAAUUAAAGUGCAUGGCAAGCAGGUAGCUCUCACUGCAAAAGCCAAACAUGCAGGCGAGCAGGCCUCAGGGGGACAGAGAAAAUCAGCACACUCAGGCAGUAGGCAAAACCAAACAGCCGCUACCUCAGAUGGUGGCACCAAGCAACCUACUAAGAUCAGAGAACGAGGUGAGGUGUCAGAGGACUCAGACACAGACCAAUCCCAGCCACAGCGAUCUGUAAGAGGCACGAGGGGGUUUCGAUUUGGGCACACCAGGCGCACAUCUCAAGCAGUCGCUCUGUCAUUCACGACUUUUCACAAACGGCAGAGGAAGAGAAUAGCUAAGGGUAUGGGUGCCUCUCCAGAGGCUGGAGCUGAGGCCGGUGCCCAGAGUGGAGUGGAGGCAGCGAUGCCCCUUGAGUGCAAAGCAACAGAUUCCUCUGAAAAAAGAACACAAAGAAAACGCAGACCGUUGUUUGGGCACAGGCGGAAGCAACCAAAAAUCACUCCAGAAUUAAGACCAAAAAUAGGUCGUAAUCGCACUAGGCGUGUUUUUUACACCUAUGUGCCAGAGCCCAUUCCGGCCGCACCGAUGCUGGACGGGAACGAGCAGCAGCAAAUGCAGAGUAUCACUGAGGGUGUGUUGAGCUCAUUUCCUAAAGAAGUCCAGAAGAACUCAUCCACUCCUGUAAUGAGCGCACGGUCCUCACGCGUCAUUAAAACUCCAAAGAGGUUCUUGGACGAGGAAAUGAUUCCCUUUCCAAGAGGGCCUCUGUCAACAUGGCUGAAAAGUCAACAGAGAGAGGACGGAAAACCAAGUCCAUCAUGUCAUGAGUCCAGCUAUGAUGGCAACUUGCUGCAGUCGGACAGUGAAUCAAUAUCUGUAGCUGACAGCUCAUCUGCAGUGACAAAGUUCUCAUCAAAGCCCAGACCAGGAACGAGUCACCUAGAGAUCUACAAGAACCUCAAGAAACUAACCUUGAAGCUGGCAGAGAAGAAGAAAUGCCACUCCACAGAGGGGGAUCCUACACAUCUUGACGACGUGUUGACUCAUGUCAGGAAAAGACGGCGGUCAAAGAUCACGAUGGAGGAGAUGGACUCUCCUGGUGUUGUGAGGAAACUAGCGGUGUCGGUGGACUCUGGUGUGAAAGUACCCUCACAUUUGCAGUCUGGAGAUACAGGCAACAAUAAUGAAGCAGAAGGCGUGGCUGCAGACAGUCAUGAGGCAUUAGAAGUCAGCGGGCCCAGCCAUCGAAUUGGUCUCAGUGGAGCUAAUAAGACGAUGCUCCACCUGCUGAAGAAAGCCAAAGUCCAGCUCAUCAAGAUUGAUCAGCAGAAGCAGCUCAAGUUGUCACAGUUGGGCUCCAGAGAAUCACGAGUGCCAGUGAGCGGAAGAAGGAGGAGAAGGAAAAGAGUUGGCGUAUCUCCCAAAGACAUCAGUCCUCAGGAGCAGCCGCUUGGUGGUCCAAGGAUCAAACAUGUGUGUCGGGCAGCAGCAGUGGCGUUGGGGCAGCCCCGUGCCAUGGUGCCAGAUGAUAUCCCCAGACUCAGCGCCCUGCCACUACACGAGAGAGAGGGCAUCACUUUUUCUCCUGCAGCAGAAGGUGUGGCAGAUGAUGACGACGAUGACGUCUCGGAUCAGGACAGGGCCCAGUGGGUUGUCUCUCAGGAACACAUCCAGCGGAGGAGGAGGAGGGGGAGGGGGAAGGGCCUCAGGUUCAGAAAGAGGAAGACCCUGAGUCAAUAUGCACCCGGUGGAGUCCGUGCCCGGCGCUGUGGACGCUGCAAAGGCUGUUUGAUACUGGAGGACUGUGCAAAGUGUACCAACUGUCGCGAUAAGCCCAAGUUCGGGGGGCCCAACACCAAGCGUCAGUGUUGCAUACAUAGGAAGUGUGACCGGAUUGAGAGGGCGAAGAUUGAUCGAGUCGUCAAACCAUUGAAACUCCAGGCGAGGCGUUUUGCGGGCUCUGUGUCGAGCGGUGAAGACGAGAACUGGAGGGUUGAAGGCGCAGGCGAGGGAUCGUCGUCGCUGGCCCCUGUAGUCAGGAAACAUUCCCUCCGUAACAUCACACCACGCUCCUACAGCAGCCUGCUCAAGUCUGAAUCUGAGGAAGAAGAAGAUAAGGCAGAUCCAUCGCCGGUCAAGCAAACUGUAGCUGCUGCCAGCAAACAAGAUGGCGGAUCACUGCCCGACAACCCUCCAUCUGAGGCGGUGAAGCCUCGCCGGCCGUUCUCCAAAGCAGCUGUGAGCAGACCCAGAGCUUACAAGAAUCCUGCAGAGUGUGCGUCAGUGAACACCCUGACUGGGUUAACUAACGGGUUUCCCCAAAAGGGCUUGUUGCAGAACAAGUACAAGAUUCGCGUAGACUUCAAGGAGGACUGUGCUGUCCAGAACGUAUGGCUAAUGGGCGGCCUCAGCGUCCUCACGUCUGUCCCCACGACACCACAACCCGUCUGUCUGCUCUGCGCCAGUAAAGGACGACAUGAGAUGAUAUUCUGCCAGAUCUGCUGUGAGCCUUUCCACAGUUUCUGCCUCUCACCAGAGGAGCGCCCCCAGAAGGAGAACAAGGAGAACUGGUGCUGCAGACGCUGCAAAUUCUGUCACGUGUGUGGCCGCCGAAGCAAGAGCACAAAGCCAGUGUUACAGUGUCGGAGAUGCCAAACCUCAUACCACCCUUCCUGCUUGGGACCAACUUACCCUAAACCUAUGAACUGCAACAUGCCCUGGGUGUGCAUGACAUGCAUUCGGUGUAAAAGCUGCGGCGUAACUCCUGGAAAGUCUUGGGACUUGGCCUGGAACCACGAGCAGGAUCUCUGUCCUGACUGCACUUCUCUCCACAAAAAAGGCAAUUUCUGCAGCGUCUGUCACAAAUGCUACGAUGACAACAACAACCAACACACGCAGAUGAUUCAGUGUUCAAAGUGCAGCCACUGGAUUCAUCACACAUGUGAAGGACUUUCAGAUGAGCUGUUUGGGUUGCUGUCAAGCCAAUCAGAGGACGUGUAUUUCACCUGCUCACCCUGCAGCGAGCACCAAACUGAACACAGCAGCUUGAAGAAGGAGCUGCAGAGCAGGCUGAUAGCCGGGUUGGAGGAGGUACUCACUGACCUCCUCUCCAACGACGCCACACAGCACCUCCUCAUGUGUAAAAUGUGUCGAGACCCAAACAGCACAACAUUUUUCAGGGAACAGCAACCAGUGUGUGAUCUACAGACAAUGGACAAGAAGUUUAAAGGAGGUGGUUACACCUCAAUAAAAGCUUUCCAUGCCGAUGUUAUCUUUGUGAUGAGGAAGUGGUUGAAGGAGGAGGAGAUUCUCCCUCAGGACCAGAGACCAACCAGUCAGGCCAGGGCGCGCUAUGUCAAACUGAUUGAGCAGGUGUUCAGUUGGUUUCCUGCAAGCUUUCUGAAAAAGUGGAACACAUUCUCCCAUGACUUCCCAAGUGGCAUGCUUCCUGAGGCGGUCCUCCCACCAUCUAAGGAGCACAGCUAUGCACAGUGGCUGGAAAGGACAUACCAGUCCAAAGAGAUUUGGGGUCAAGAGGCGGGGAAAACUGAGUCGGUGCUGUCCCCAGUCACUACACAGCAGUCUGGUGUAACUCACGAGCGCCCUCUGUAUUCACGUGGUGUGAAGAGUGAUCUGCAAACAACCAAGACUGAAGAUAUGAGGCAUUGUGCCCUGUGUCAACAAAAUGGAGACUAUGCUCCAAAGGAUGCAGGACGGCUGUUGUACCUGGGACAGAAUGAGUGGGCCCACAUUAACUGCUGCCUUUGGUCUGCAGAGGUUUAUGAGGAGAAUAGUGCUCUUUUGCAAGUGCACAGCGCUGUCUCAAGAGGGCGCCACCUGCGUUGUGAUCGUUGUGGGCAGUCGGGCGCCACUGUGGGCUGCUGUCUUGCCACCUGCCAGAGUAAUUUCCACUUCAUGUGUGCUCGUGCCCAGAACUGUCUGUUUCAGCUGGAUAGGAAGGUGUUCUGCUUCAAUCACAGGGAUCUUGUCAGUGCAAAGAUCGUGUCUGGGAAAGGGUUUGAAGUGCCUCGAAGGGUUUAUGUGGACUUUGAUGGGAUCAAUCUUAGAAGAAAGUUCCUCACAGGCCUUGACCCAGAAUCCAUAAACAUGACCAUAGGCUCUCUGCAGAUUCAGAAACUUGGUGUGUUGUCUGAGUUGUCGUCAAAUGGGAGGAUGCUGUAUCCUGUUGGUUAUCAAUGUUCUCGGUUGUACUGGAGCACUGUAGACCCCCGCAGACGUUGCAAGUACACCUGUAAGGUGACAGAAGUGAGCACACCUCUCCCUGGUGAGGAACAAGAUCCGAGAUGGGACAAAGAAGAGAAUCACACCAUAGUCCACAGCCCCAACCACCACAGAUGUCAGCAGGAACUUUCAGAUAUGGAUUCUCGGGAUCGUUUAAGUUCUCCAUCCAGCCCUAUAAAGUCCACUACUCCAUCACCCAACUCUAAACAGUACAACACACCUGAAUGCAAAAGUCCUGGUUACACACAGACCAGGAGACCAGCAGGAGGAUCAUCCCGACCUCUUCCAUCUCCAGGUUCAGCUCUUCCCAAAUCGCAUCACAUCCUGACAUUGAGGGACCUGGAGGACACCCGUCGGCCUCGCAGGCUCUCAUCAAGAAGCCGCUGCAGUUCCUCGCCAACAGACAGUGACCCAUCUGUACCGAUGACCCUCCGCUCUGGUGGCACCGUCCACUCUAGAUGUGCUCUGUUCAGCUCUCCUCCGAGGUCAUCAAACCUGGGUGCAGCCUCACCGCCUCUGUCACGGCAAAACUCAGCAUCACCGGUCUGGAGCUCCCCGCCCCGAUCCAACUCCAGCAUUUCUGCAGCGCUGUCGCCUCGAAGAGGAGCAAUCACUCACUCCCCCAGAGGGAGGCAAAACUUCAAAAUCACCACUCCAGUUUCUGCAGAGGUUCCCCACGACUUCCUAGCCUCAUCUGAGGCAGAAGAUGCAGCAGUGGCCACAACCAAUGGGAUCUCACUAGCCCCUGAUAACCUGGAAGAGGAGGUAGCUCACCUGAUGGCCCAGGAGCUGCCCUACACUGUGUUUGACACUGACACAGAGGUAGCAGUAGCCUCCAUGCUCAAUGCUAAGCUUGAGUUUGACGAGGCUUUGCUCACAGAGAACGUGGCACUUCACUGCGGAGCACAAGGUGGGAGAGGAGAGGUGGAGGGCGUAGUGCAAAAUGCGGAAAUGCAAGUAGAUAAUCGGGAGAAUUCCGAAGAUGAAGACUCGAGCCAUUACUUGAAAUUUUCUCGGACAGUGGUGUGCGACGCAGCUAGCAGCUCGGAAACCUCAGGACAACUCACUUCAACACAGUCGAUCUCACAGUUAGAUGGAGCAGACGGCGGGUCAGAGAGUGAUGAAAGCGAGGUGGUUGACGAUGAAGCUCAGGACACAGAAGGAGAAGAUGGCAAGAAUAAGAUUCACGCCAACCAUAAUACACCUACUAAACGACUAAUGGUCAAUCUAAAGAGGUUGGAGCCAAUCUACACCGUGUCAAAGUCAGCUGAGCCAGAGUUUCGGGACAGUUACCCACCAUCUGAAGUUCUUGAAGAAGGUUACGGAAACGAUGAUAUGUCAUUUCAGGAGGAAGUCGUCCAGAUGAGCUCCGAAACGCCAACACCUCAAAAUGAGGUGUUUUUGGAUUCCGCUACAGGACAUUUCAUUUCUGCCGAAGAUGGCACUGUGGUGGGCCCAAAGAUCAUCACAGUUGCCAAUAAAGAUGAUAGUAGCUCAUCGACCGAGUCCGUUGAAGGGUUUAAAGAUGAUUUGACUGACCCUGACUACUCUCCAGAGUGCACUCUGGGUCCAGAGCGUAAAACCAAAAAAUCUCCCACAACUCAGAUGAAAACCAUCAUUGUGAAGACAAAACGUCCGGUAUCGAAUUUCAAACGCUUGUCACCAAAGCCGUUUCUUCCACAGCAGCGCAAACUCAAAUUGAUGUUGCCCCCUCGACCUACACUGACUGUAAAUAAAGCAUCGGCUUCCCCUGCUGCUGCCACAGUUUGUGCACUUCCACGCACAGUCACAUCCCCCAUUGUGAUCAAUGGUCUAAACGUACCUAUCCAGUCUGGUGUCUCAACGGGAAGAACCAUCGCCAUUCGUUUGGACAACUCAAGGACAGGAAGUCAGCAGCAAGUUGCGAUUCCGAAUCAAGCUGCAGCCACCAGCUCACCUCUGACCCCGGCUCCUGCUCCUCAGGUCCUUCUAGUCAACCGACAAGGUCAGAUUCUUAUCAAAGACCCGAGAUCAAACACUUAUCAGUCCCUCAGUACAAACUCUCCUGCCUACAACAAAAUAAGCCAGAUUGCCAAGAUCCUCCACAGUGGUAAUGCCCUGCAGCGCUCAGUCCCUCGAGUUGUAAUAAAGCCUCGUGCCAGCCUAUCCGCCACAAACGUCCCAUCUGCCAGUAACAACUUGGUGACAUCCGAGAGAAAAGUAAUUUUUAGAGUCGUGCCUGUGAAAAGCACUCCAGCUCCCACACCUCCUGUCAGUGUGCAGAGUGUUCCUGAAUCAGCUUUCUCCAGCAUUAAAGAAAGCACAGCCCAGGCUAUUAUUGACAGAGCCAUGGCUACCCACCGCGACGAGCCAAAGACGCAACCCAUCAUCCUCAGUAAAACUCUUCGGCCAAAGGCCGGCCUUCAAUGUCCGCCCAUGUUUCAGGACGCAGAGUUAUCGGAUCAGUUACAGGCUGCACCUUUAGAGUCCCCUAGUGGUUUCCUCAAUGAACCAAAGGUCAGCCCACAACCGACACCUGCUCCGCCAUGCCACCAGGUGAGAGUCAAGAGAGUGUCACUUGUGUCUGAGCGGCCCUCCAGGAAGAAAUCCAAGAUGGACUUCUUGAGGGAUCCAUCAAGUGAGCUGGAUGAAGUUGAUGAAGCCAGACCGAGUGGAGUGAGAAUGAAAGCUCCAUCAGUGAAGGAUAUCCUCGAUAUGGACCAGGGGAAAAUGUUGCACGAGCCGGAGCAGUUGAGAAUUACUGCUCCACCACCACCACCACCCCCCAGGCAUCCUCUGGUUGAGCGUCCCCCCGCAACGGCACAAUUUAACAGUCAGAUUCAGGGUAAAACACACAUGUGGGUCAGUGCUCGCCAUGGAGACCUCUCCGAAUGGGGCCCUUAUUCAGGUUUUAGCUCAGAAGAAGAUGCUUCUGCACCCAAAUACAGAAAGAGGACAUACAUGAACCAGCCCCACCUGCGUUUUGAAAUCACCAGUGAUGAUGGCUUCAGUGUUAAAGCUAACAGCAUAGAGGUCGCCUGGCGUGCGGUGAUUGACGGUGUCCUCGAAGCCCGAGCAGGCUUCCAUCUGAAGCAGCUGCCUCUGGGCGGGAUGGGCGGGCCGCGGGUGCUCGGGGUCGUCCACGAUGCCGUCAUUUUCCUGCUGGAGCAACUGCAGGGUGCAGCAAACUGCAAACGGCACCGCUUCCGCUUCCACCGCUGUGACGACAUCGAGGAAGAGCUUCCCCUCAAUCAGAGUGGCUGCGCUCGGACUGAAGUCUACACCCGGAAAGCGACUUUUGAUAUGUUCAACUUCCUGGCAUCACAGCACAGAGUGCUCCCUCAAAUAGUGGGCCCCUUUGAUGAGGAGGAGGAUGAAUUCCCACUGAAGUCUUCCAGGCGAGCCACCAGCAGUGAGCUUCCCAUGGCGAUGAGAUUCAGACACCUGGAAAAAAUCUCCAAAGAAGCAGUAGGAGUUUACAGAUCUGAAAUUCAUGGUCGCGGCCUUUUCUGCAAGCGGAACAUCGAGGCUGGCGAGAUGGUGAUCGAGUACGCCGGCAUCGUCAUUCGCUCUGUUCUGACUGAUAAGCGGGAGAAAUAUUACGACGGCAAGGGCAUUGGCUGUUACAUGUUCCGCAUCGACGACUUCGACGUGGUGGACGCGACGAUGCAAGGCAACGCGGCUCGUUUCAUCAACCACUCAUGCGAGCCGAACUGCUACUCCCGCGUCAUCAACGUGGACGGCCGCAAGCACAUCGUCAUCUUCGCCCUGAGGAAGAUCUACCGGGGCGAAGAACUGACCUAUGACUACAAAUUCCCCAUCGAGGACGAGAACAGCAAGCUGCACUGCAACUGUGCGACGAGACGCUGCCGUCGCUUCCUAAACUAGUACAAAACACACACACCACAUACCAAUAUCCAGCUUGGUUAAUGCACUUGAAAAUAGGAGGCGGACUUUGAGGAACUGAUUUAAGGCGACUGUUGUGGUCAUAAGAGCGAGGUAGCCAACACACAGACCUGCGUCUACUGAAAGUCUUCACCAUGCUGGAAGCUCAUUAAAGACUCAUGGAGGACAGCAUUUGCUCAUUUCUGUCCUCUGACCGGCUGUGAACAGCCACACAAACCAGAUGAGAGCCAUAUGUCGAAGCUGAGGAGGAAUACUAUUUAUGUGAUUUCAGACUGCAGGAUUGUUGGUUUGUUGAAGUAGGAAGUGCAAUUAAGGAAAACUGCACACCUUUUUGGAUUUUUGUACGGUUUCACCAUCUCGUACAACACAUUCUGUCAGUUCAACAUUGACUUUGUCGGUAGCCUCUGAUGUUUCUGGGGCCAAACAACAGCCAGGGGGCAAUCAUUAGCAGCUACAAACGGUGCAAACUAAAACCACCUGAUUGCAGCGCUUUACUGCGUAAAGGGGUCUCUAUUGUUAUGCUGGCGAAAGAGUGUUUUUGUAAAUACAAGGUCACAGAGAAGGAUGGGGAGAAUUUAUUCAGCACCUUACUUUGACGCAACCUUCUUGAGCAGCACAACUUUACUUCAGAGAUUAAUAAACAUAUUUGACUCGAGGCACCUUGUGUACAUUGUAGAGUAGCUACAUUUUAACCUCAGUCUGGAUUCCACAAGUCGUGUGAGGGGACCAACCCUCACCAUAACCCUCCCCUCAUUCUGUCAGUUGACAUUUCCUGUUUUUAUUUGUGACUGCAGAGAUGCUGUGAUCUAAAUGCUUUUAUCCUGCCAUUACAGUCUGUUCUUUAUUUGUUACUUUGUACUGUUUGUGAUUUUUUUAAGGUCUAUGAGGGAGAUUUUCCUUGGUGCAAAUUGAAUAUAGUGAUCUUCCUCUGCACAGUACCUUAUAAAUCAUUUUGUAUGUUUGAAUAAUAAAUGUAUAUCCAACAAGAUGAUGGAAAUAAAUGUUUGAGCUUUUAACUUUG